UCUGUGACGAGAGAAAGGGAGGGAGUGAGGGAGUGAGAGAGAGAGAGAGAGAGAGAGAAUAAGAAACCGUGUGUUUGCUUAUUCUCACAGUGAGAGAUGGCUUGCAACAAUAUCUUGAAUUUUCUUCUGUGUGCAAUUUUAGUUAAUUUACCAGCAAUUUUCUGCCAAGUGGAAACACAAGGAGAAUACAAAGCACCAUGGACAGAAGAAAAGCUAUUUCAUAAACCCAAAUACUUGACUACAAAUGAUGUCCGCAACAUGACUUCACUGACCAACAUUUCCAUCAUGUGGUACAAUUACCUGAGACCAAUGCUUCGGGAAAGAUACCCUGGAUCUAUUGGAAAUGUUGCAGUGCGGCAGCAUAUCAGAAGUCAGCUAAGUGAACUCCAGGUUAACUGGGUAAUUGAAGAGGACACUUUCCAGGAGGCAAUACCCUAUGGAACAGUUACAUUUUCAAAUAUCAUUGCAACGCUGGAUCCCUCAGCCAAACGAAGGCUGGUGCUCGCCUGUCAUCAUGAUUCAAAAUACUACAAUGAGUGGUGGUACAACAGAGUCUACGUGGGUGCCACAGAUUCUGCUGUGCCAUGUGCUAUGAUUUUGGAACUGGCUCGGUCACUGGACAAAUCACUACUUCAUUUAAGGAAUACCACGGGCAGGCCAGAUCUUACACUGCAGCUCAUUUUCUUCGAUGGAGAAGAAGCAUUUCAGUAUUGGUCAGACACUGACUCGCUGUAUGGUUCUCGACAUUUGGCACAGAAGAUGGAGAGGACAGCUCAUCCACUUGGUACAACUGAAACCAACAUGCUGCAUGCAAUUGAUUUAUUUUUGCUGUUGGAUCUCCUCGGUUCUCCAAAUCCAAGAAUUCCAAGUUACUUUCCAAAUACAGUUCGGUGGCAUAAAAGACUGCAGCUUAUAGAACGACGCCUUCAUCGUCUGGGUUUACUGAGUGACCAUCCAAAUGAGGUCAAAUACUUCUGGACCAAAAUGCGAUCUGCACACAUUGAUGAUGAUCAUGUACCAUUUCUGCAGCGAGGUGUUCCCAUUCUGCAUAUCAUACCGAUGCCUUUCCCUCAAGUGUGGCACACCAUGGAAGAUAACGAGGUUAAUCUUGAUCCAACAACAAUUGAAAAUCUCAAUAAAAUACUGCAACUGUUUGUUUUGGAGUAUCUCAAUGUAUAAAUGAUCCCUGAUGUUCACUGUGAACAACAGUCAUGACAGAGUUAAGUACUUCCAAUUAAAUCAUUUCAAACAGCAGACCCUUCAUGCUGCCUUAAUGUAAUUCAAAAACCAUUAUUACAAUCAUACAAACUUACCCAAUUAACAUCUGAUUGUACUUAAUGUGCUGCAUGAAUGAAUAUUGAUAGUCACAAAUCAAUUAUUGCUUCGUCUUGCGCAAUUUUGGUAAACAACGCAUAUUUGUGGUAAUUUCUUAGAUAAUAUUCUCAUCGAGAUUCAAAACCUUACCAGUGAAUCUUAUUGCUACACAUGCAGUAUACAAAUAUAAGUAGCACAGUUAUGGUACACAUUUUGUGUAAGCUAUAAGUUUCAACACAAGAGUAUUCGGUUCUAGGUAUUAUGUUUUGAGUUGUGUACCAGAAACAAGUGCUCGCUUUAAAAUGUUACAACAUACAUAGUGUGAAUAAACUUUUGAAUUUA